CGGUAUGUUUAUAAACAAAGAAGCAUCAUCAGAAGUACAACAACGACAGCAACGACAGCGACCAGUAAAAACUCUCAUAAAAUAUGUCGGCUUUGUAUGAGCACGAAGUUACUGGAGGAUAUUUACAAACACGAUAACGAGUAAAGACCCAAUGAGCCAAUCCAUUUGCGCUGAAUGUCGAAAACGGUUGAUCGAAUUUCAUAAAUACUGGAAACGUUGUAAGGAAGUAUAAAGUAUACUGCAAGCCAUGGUACGAGCGGGAGAUGAUCGACGGGAAACUGACCAAGUGGAAUGUGUCAGUGUGCUAUAAAUUAUUCAAAUCAAAGAAACUUUUAAAGGAUCACAAAAGGUAUCACGGACCUAAGAAAUAUGCGUGCUCAAGUUGCGGAAAAUCGUUUGCUAGGCGACAUCAGUUGGACAAACACGUAAAAGUUCAUGCGAAAGAACUAAAGAAUUAUCCACCAAAACAUGCGUCAGAAGGCCAGAAGACUGCAUCGCAAGAAACUUCGAAUUUCAGAAAUGAGCUUUGUGGAGUAGAUGAUCCACGUUCUUCUAAAAAUUGCGAGGAUUUUGAACUAGAACAAAACCAAGUCAAAUUAGAGUUAUUCCCGAUCAGUCCAUUCAAUGAUGAUGACCAAGAAGAAAUAAUGGAAAACACAGGAAACGAAAAUGAACAAUAUUUUGUCAUAAAGGAUAUCAUUGUGAUAGAGGAAGUGAAAACAGAAACUCGUCCUGAUGAUAACGAGGAAUUCUCUAUUAACAAUAUUAUUCAAACUACAAAUGAAGCUUAUGAAACCAAAGCAAUCGAUAAAAAUGGAAGCAAUUCUAAAAACAUCUCUACAUCUAGAAAUGGACUUCAAGUUGAUGAUACAAUUAGUGACGUUCAAACAAUAUUUAACUUAAAUAACAGUGUGGAUCAAAAUGUUUUAACAGAAAACGAUAGAAAUAGAUAUACAUGUUUGAAAUGUGAUCGAAAAUUUAAUCGACUAUGUCAAUUGACAAAUCAUAUGGAUAACCACAAUAUAACGGAGAAAUCGACAAACAUGAAUGAUGAACUUUUGAGCACUACUAAAGAAGUCGAUUUAGACUACAGAACACCUGGACCUGAUGUUUUUAAACAAUUUGAUGAAGUGAAAAGGAAUACUAUUGUUGGAGAAUUCCAGUGUGAUAUAUGUCAGAAGGUAAUAUCUGAUAAGAGGAAACUGAAGGACCACAAAAGGUUUCAUAAACCAAAAGAUCAUGUCUGUUCUAUAUGCGAAAGGCCUUUCUGAAGACGACCUGUCAUGCUUCGGCAUAUGCAGACGCAUAUAUUUCGACCGGAACCAGUAAAAGAAGGACCAGCACGAUGCGAUAUUUGCCACAAAGAAUAUUAGAGCAAAAGCAUUCUAUAUCAUCAUAAACUGAAAGUGCAUAAAUUAAAGAAACAUGCGUGCAAAAUCUGCGGCGCCAGAUUUUUCGAUCGAUUUACGUUGACAGUGCAUUUAAGAGCACACGUUCGACCUCGUAAUAGCGAAGAGGUAACAAAUUAGUAACAAAUGAUACAAAUAGACAAUACUAAUAACUAUGUGAAAGAAGUUGGCCGUAAUACUAAAAACCAAUAAAUUUGUCUGUACAAACCAAA